GACGCCCCGCCCCUCUGAGAUGGGCGGAAGUAGAUGGGAACAGGCCACACCGAUCUGACAGCAAACAUAAACCUGCCUCUGGGGCUCCAAACUCUCCGGACUUGUUUGUUCGUCUUUGAUUCGAAAGUCCGAAUGGUGUGAAAAGAGAAGACAGGUCAACAUGGUGCACAUUGCGGAGCCUCCGGCGUCACUUUUCGCCUUUCUUCUCCUCCUUGUUGUCUCCCUCGGGGACGCCAGGCACCCACGGACACCCAGCGUCCCCCCCUCGACGGAGGAAACGGUGGAAACCUACAACGCUUACUAUAAUUACGUAAACCUGACCGGGCGCUUGCGGUCCUUAGCUCAGAAAUACCCCCGCAUAGCUAACCUGUCGAGCGUGGGUCGCUCCGUGGAGGGCAGGGAGCUGUGGGUGAUGCGGAUCACCGAGGACCCCCGCGGAGACGCACCGGGGAAACCCAAAUUCAAAUACGUCGGCAACAUGCACGGGGACGAGACCGUGUCCCGGCAGGUGUUGGUGUACCUCGUAGAGGACCUGCUGACAAAAUACGGAGAGGAACCGCGCAUCACCGCGCUGGUGGACACCACGGAUAUUUACAUCAUGCCCAGCAUGAACCCGGACGGCUUCGAGCGGGCCGCGGAGGGGGACUGCGGGGGCAGCAGCCGGGCCCGAAACAACGCCCGAAAUGCGGACCUCAACAGGAGCUUUCCGGACCAGUACGACGGGACAAGUGUCAACCCGGACACCGUCCCGGAGGUAACGGCUGUGAUCAAGUGGAUCCAGGAGAUGAAGUUCGUACUGUCGGGGAACCUGCACGGCGGCACUGUUGUCGCCAGUUACCCGUUUGAUGACUCCGCCUUGCACCAGCAGCAGGGCCACUACAGCAAGGCGGAGGACGACAAACUGUUCCGGUACUUGGCCUCGGUGUAUUCCCAGAACCACCCCGGGAUGAAGACCGGCGUGCCCAACUGCGACGAUUCCCCGGACGAAACUUUUGAAAACGGCAUCAUCAAUGGGGCUCAGUGGUAUGACGUUCCUGGUGGGAUGCAGGACUACAACUACCUGCAUGGUAACUGUCUGGAAAUCACAAUGGAGUUGAGCUGCUGCAAAUAUCCCCCUGCUUCCGAGCUCCGUAAGGAAUGGAAUCUGAACAGGGAAUCCCUUCUAGCCUACAUAGAAAAGGUGCAUAUAGGUGUCCGUGGUUACGUGAAAAACGCCGUCGAUGGUGCCGCCCUCUUCAAUGCCAGCAUUGUGGUAACAAGCAUUCACCACAACCUGACCACAGGAAAAUACGGGGAGUACUACCGCCUUCUGCUCCCAGGAACAUACAACAUUACAGCUGCGGCCCCAGGGUACGCACCCAUGACAGUCCUCGGUGUUGCGGUCGUCGAGGGCACAGCCACAGAACUCAACUUUACCUUGGCACCCGUGGCCAAUGAGGGUCCUCGUGGUGUCACUGCGACUACACACGCCAUGCCGUCCACCGAUGGUCGAAACCUCUCCACCACCACCAACUCUUCUGACUCCACCCGGACCCAGGUGGUUCCGGAGGCAACGAGCAACAGCAGCCCCCCCGUACUUUCGCCCGAACCUCAGCCCGUCCAGCCUCAGGAGUUCCGUCACCACGGCUACUCGGACAUGCAGCUGUUCUUGCGCAAGUACAGCAGCGAGUUCCCCUCCAUUGCCCAUCUUUACAGCAUCGGCCACUCCGUGGAGAACCGGGAGCUCUUUGUGAUGGCGAUCUCGGACAACCCCGCGGUCCACGAGCAUGGUGAGCCAGAGUUUAAGUAUAUUGCCAACAUGCACGGUAAUGAAGUGGUGGGCCGGGAGCUAUUGCUCAACCUCAUUGAGUACCUGUGCCGUAACUAUGGUACUGACACGGAGGUCACUCAGUUGGUCAACAACACCCGCAUCCACAUCAUGCCUUCUAUGAACCCCGACGGAUAUGAGGUAGCCACUGAAGGUGACGUGAAGGGUUACAAAGGACGCAACAACAGCAACAAGUUGGACCUGAACCGCAACUUCCCUGAUCAGUAUUUUACCAGCAAUGAGACUCGCCAGCCAGAAACUAUAGCUGUGAUGAACUGGGUGAAGAGCAUCCCCUUCACCCUGUCAGCCAACCUUCAUGGAGGCUCCUUGGUCGUCAACUACCCCUUCGAUGACGACAAAGAGGGGCUAUCGCAGUACAGCCGGUCACCUGAUGAUGAAGUCUUUCAGCAGGUGUCGAGGGCUUACUCACAGGAGAAUCCUUUGAUGCACAAUGGACACCCUUGUGAGGACCUGUACCCAAUGGAAUAUUUUGAGGACGGUAUCACCAAUGGGGCCAACUGGUACAAUGUUCCAGGUGGCAUGCAGGACUGGAACUACUUAAACACCAACUGCUUUGAGGUAACCAUCGAGCUCGGCUGUGUGAAGUACCCUCCGAGCAAAGACUUACCAAAAUACUGGGAACAAAACCGGCGGGCCUUGCUUCAGUUCAUUCACCAGGUACACAGCGGAAUAAAAGGCACAGUCUCUGACAUUGUGGAUGGGACGGGAAUUCCCAAUGCCACCAUUAGUGUGAAGGACAUUCACCACAAUAUCACCACAGCUGGCACUGGAGACUACUGGAGGCUGCUGGUCCCUGGGACUUACUACAUCACUGCCUCCGCCCAUGGCUAUUUUCCUUUGAGCACCCACGCCUCCGCCUCGAAGGACCACGUGGAGUUGGUGAAUUUCAGACUGACACGUGAUACUAAUGGCCAGUCUCCCGAGGGACCCCAACCUACCCAGAACCCGUCUGAGAAGGCAUUCCAGAGCUUGAUCAAGGACCUGUCUUUAGGCCAGGGUUUGGAGCAGUUGGUCAGCAGCACGGACACGGAGAACAGCUUCCGCUACAGACGCUACUCGGAGCUCUCUGGCUUCCUGCGAGCCCUCACACUUAACUUUCCUAAAAUUACAUCUUUGCGCAGUUUAGGCCAAAGUGUAGAGUUUCGAACGAUUUGGGGUUUGGAAAUCUCCAACAAACCAGCGGAAGCUGAACCUUCUGAGCCCAAGAUCCGCUUUGUAGCCGGGAUCCAUGGCAACGCCCCUGUGGGCACAGAGAUGCUGCUGGAGUUUGCUGCCCUCUUGUGUAUCAACUAUGGCAAAAACCCAGCCAUAACCAGGCUGAUCAAUGAGACCCGGAUUGUUAUCGUGCCUUCCAUCAACCCAGAUGGGCGAGAACAGGCUGUUGAGAAGCAGUGCACCUCCCUCCAGGGCUCGACCAAUAUUCACGGCAAAGAUCUAGACACGGAUUUCUUCGGCAAUGCGUCACAGCGCGUGGUGGAUCCCCAGCCAGAGAGCAGAGCCAUGAUGGACCUGAUUCUAGACCGGGGCUACACUCUGUCUGUUGCCCUCGAUGGAGGCUCCCUUGUUGCUACCUACCCUUACGACAAGCCCGUCCAGUCUGUUGAAAAUGAGGGCACGUUGAAGUACUUGGCAAGUGUUUAUGCCGACAACCAUCCUAAGAUGCACCUCGGGGACACUGGAUGUUCAAAUAAUGGGCAAAUGGGCAACAUCCCAGGUGGAGUUAUGAGGGCAGCAGAGAGACAAAGUCACAUGGGGAGCAUGAAGGACUUCAGCAUGGACUUUGGUCACUGUCCAGAGAUCACCGUGUAUAGUGGCUGCUGUUUGUUUCCUGCUGCCGAGCAGCUGCCCACACUCUGGGCGGAGAACAAGAAGGCUCUGCUUAGCAUGUUGGUGGAGGUCCAUAAAGGAGUGCGUGGCGUGGUGCGGGACAAGAGUGGGAAGCCGAUUGUUGGGGCAAUCAUUGUCCUGAAUGGGGGAGUGAGAGUUUUCACAGCAGAGGGGGGCUACUUCCAUGCGCUGCUGGCUCCCGGCAACCACAACAUUGAAGCCGUUGCUGAUGGCUACCAGCAACAACAUAAAGAGGUGGUGGUUUAUUCCCAUGAAGCUGCUCGCUUCAUCAUCAUUGAGUUCGACAUGGACAACAGCAUCCUCGGUCUGCCAAGAGAGUUUGUGGUGGCCGGUGCAGCAGCCUCCAUGACGGCGUUGGUGGUGACGGCGUGCAUCAUCUGGUGCGUGUGUGCAGCCAAGUCCAAUCGUCAAAAAGACGGCUUCCACCGCCUGCGGCAACACCGAGAGGACUACGACGAUGAGAUCCGGCUCACCUCCAUGGGUUCCAAGAAGUCGCUGCUGGCCCACGAGUUUCAGGACGAGAGCGAAAGCGACGAGGACACGCUGUAUGCCAACAAAAUCUGAGGGACACUGCACAAAUUUUGCUGUUUGGCUCCGUGGUUUAUUUUGCUCUCCCCCCCUUAAAUGUGUCCAACAAGGAGCAGUUUGAACACUAGACGGCAUCUCUGUUUCUCUUUUAUGACGGAAAAUACAAGAGCGAUGAAGGCUAUUUGUUCUGUUACAACGACGAGGACUCACUCUUAGUUGUUAGUGCUACUAAAUUAUUCCUUUAAUAGCAUUCUGCUGGUGUCUGGACUGAAUGGGGAUUGCUCCAUCUCUGCCUGACUGGAUCAGGAGAAAAAGACAAAAAGAGGGUGAUAAAAGAGGGAGAGAAAUAAACUUUUUGUCCACUUUGGCCCUCAUCCAUCCUUUAAGCAAGUUCCACAGCUUUUUCACCUGUCCUGCCUGACUGACUGAGUUGCAGCUGAUAAGUCCAAAUCAACGUCUUUCUUUUUUUUAAGAGGCUAUGUAAUGAAGUCUGAAUGGACGUGUUUAAUAUCACACAUUGUCCCGACUGAUAUCAUGCAUUAAUUUCAAUACAGCUUUCAGCUGAGAAAUGAUAAGUUUCCCUUUGUCAAGACAGCAUUUUUAUUUUCUACUAAUCCAACUGAAUCCAACACUGUGCCUUGGCUUCUAUAAAGUUUACAGUGGGGUCCGGUUGAGGUAUGUGACGCGAAGCAGCAACAUAGUGAAUACGUCACAAUUGUUCCGUCCUAUACCCAGGUGGUAUAAAAAUAGAUAAAUUACAAUUAAAGAUGGCUGAAUCCAGUUCCUGGUGAUUCAGUAGUUUUGUAUUUUCACUAAAUGGAGAGAAAGGAUUGUCCCAUGUCAUUGGCCAUGAAUAAAUCAAUGAGUUUCUGAAUAUGUAAUCAGAAAAAUGAAUGUAUUUGUUGCUUUCCCUUUUUUGUUACGUUUAUUUCAAACUGUCUACAUGGAUAGUCGAGUGUGUGCCCUGUAUUUUUAUUUUUCUAUUAUUAUUUAACACGGAUGUGCAUUCUAACCAUUUCUCAUUAAAAGGAAUACCAAUUCUUAGUUUUCUUUUUAAGGUGUUAAUUUGACUUCUCCCGCUAAACAAUACGUAAGAGUGCAGAAGGCUUCUAGGUUGCCAGUCCAUUACUGAUCCCUAUCUACCGUCACAUCAGAGCCUCAGCUACGUUUAAAAGACCGGUCGAAGGACAGCAGUCGAUCAUAAUUAAUUUGACUCUGAGGUGUGGUGGAAAGCUGCAAAAACACCCAAAAAAUGUCUUUUAAAACUUCUCCUUUUAUAGUUGUAAAUGUAACAUCCAAUGUUAAGUAAACGCCUUCAUUUGUCGACAUUUGUUUGACUGAGCCUAAAUAGUUUCAUUAUAAUCUGGUGCAAAAUAAUGCAAUAAUCUGUCCUUUUUUUAAAUAAAUUAAUUUGUUAUUGGAAUGCAACAUUUGGGUGGGGCAUACGGACAAUCAGGGGAGCAGGUUUCUGUGCAGACAUUCAAGGGAGAGUUAUUGGAGGGAGAGCCUUGUUUUCCAAUUACUUUGAGAGGAGAUUUAUUUAUCUUUUUAUUAAAUGCAGCCGUCCUCAGUAAAAAAACAAACAAUAUCUGCAUACAGUUUUGUACAUUUUUCGUUCCUAUACUUUGUGUGUCAGGGUCAUCGUGUUGGUGUAAAGAUUUUAUAUGAACUGGAAUCAACUGUAAAUAAUGUUUGACAAAUGAGAAUGAAAAAAAUAAAUGCAAUUCAUCUUUACCAUGAAUUUACACCAAACAUCCAAUAAAAACCGUUGUCUGAUAA